AUGUCCGUUGACAUUCAUUGGGAUACUUUGACCGGCGGCUCGGACGGGGCCGCCCUGGCUGAGACUGUACGAGCCUUCGUUCACGAUAAAUUUCAGCAAGUAACCCUACCACGGUUUAUACGCUCUGUCAAGGUCCACUCCUUUGAUUUCGGUAGCAUUGCACCGGUGGUAGAGCUCAAGGAUAUUUGUGAUCCCCUUCCGGACUUCUAUGAAGAAGACGGAAGUGACUCCAGCGGUGAGGAUGAGGACGAAGGCUCCAACGAGGAGAGGACUCGCGGCUAUACGAGUAGUGAAGAUUUCAAAACCGUAUCAAGCCGGGGGGACGAGCUACACGUAGCUAGAAACCGUAACCUUGCGGACCUUGCAUGGCGGCAGCCGCCGAUUAAUGCUGAUACUCGUUUGCCCGGCCUAAGGACAGGUCUUGGACCUAUUGAUGUGCUCGGAAGCUCGCUUCAGCGAGCCCCAACUCCAGGUAUCCCCGGUGGGACGUCGAACUUGAGCUAUUUCCAUCUUCCUCUCGGAGCAGGCCUCUCAGGCACUACAACUCCGCUCGCCGCAGUCGCCGGAGCACAAUUUCAGAAUGGAUGGCCGGACCACAACUACCGUACCCACCAUCAACCACCUCCGACAUCAGCCAGAGAUGAGAAAUCCGCGCAAUACCGUUCAGCAACGGCCCGCUCUCUGACCCCCCCGUCAGCUGGCGAUCCCGGCUCUCGACCGCCCUCACAACAUCAGCAGAACAUGUCGCGACGUAGCUCAAGGGCAGAUAUCGAGGACUUUGCUAUCGACCAGCAUGGCCAGUCCAACCUUUCGCGGACAUCGUCACCUCGGCGAUUUCAAGAGAAAAGCCCAGAAGACGUUCAGGUGGUAUCACGAGUCAAGUACGCCGGAGACAUCAAGCUGUCCUUGACCGCGGAAAUACUCCUCGAUUACCCCAUGCCUAGCUUCGUCGGAAUACCGCUGAAGCUCAACAUCACUGGCUUGACCUUUGAUGGCGUGGCAAUCCUGGCUUACAUCAAGAAGAAAGCCCACUUUUGUUUCUUAUCACCCGAUGACGCAGAGGCUUUGAUCGGCGAUGAUGCGUAUCAAGACGGCUCUGCCGCAGACAGUGGUGGAGAACGACGACCGCACGUUGGAGGCCUUCUCGAAGAGAUCAAGGUCGAGAGCGAGAUUGGCCAGAAAGAGAACGGAAAGCAGGUGCUCAAGAACGUAGGAAAAGUGGAGAAAUUCGUGCUGGAGCAGGUGAGACGCAUAUUCGAGGACGAGUUCGUUUAUCCGAGCUUCUGGACGUUCCUCGUCUGA